AUGUGGUCGACAGCAGCUGCUUGCAUCGUUUGCGUCCUAUCAGGCAUCAUCUGUGAUGUCAAACAAGUGUAUUCACAACCCAAAUGGAUACAAAGAAAGACUGAUCAGUCUCCUGACAAGGCCUCCAUAUUAGAGGAAGACAUCCAGAAAGUUAUUAAUGAAAUCCACUCUUUGUCUGGUGAAAAUAUAAAUAAACGCAUCUUUAGCGCCACAUACACUGCAGAAGGUUUGGACCUAAAUGCAUAUUAUCAAGCUCUCAGUGAUUUGUACGCUGUCUUUCAGCCUCUGUUGAGGGACAGAUUUCUAGAUGACCUUCCGAAGACAUUAGUGUGUAUUCUGUCUGGCAGACAGGACUGUGGCCUGGAGGCAGAACUAACAAAGACCGUGUCUCUGGAGUUAGGAAAGCCGCUGCUGAACUUUGUGUCGUCUCUGCGAUCACAGUCGUGCACUACACUGAACCGUAAUGGAGGGUCAACCAGCUUCCUGAGUGCCUACCUCAGGACUGGGGAAUCAACAUCAGCAGCAUUAGAUGGUUUUCAGAACACUUUAAUAAAUAUAUUGUCAACUUUCCCUCUUUCUGGGAGUUUGAUGGGGGCUGUGAGCAGCCUUGUGGAGGCAACUGUGACAUACAUUUCAGAGUUCAUGGCAAUGUUAUUGCAAGUUCCUAUGGACUUUAUCAAAAUAGCUUUACAGUUUGGUAUUAGGAUACCAUCUUUGGAGGGGAAACAGACCUGUGAGCAAGGAGAUCUCAAGCAGCUCAUUAUGUGGGGAAUCAACAACAAUGUGAGCUGGUCCUUUGGUACCUCCAUCAUUGACAUCUUCCUGGAUAUCUUCCUGGCUCAAGAACAGCCUCCAUGCACAUAUCCGGGACCAGAGUGCUUGAAUCCUCAAAGUGUCCCCUUCCAACGCAGCGUCUCCGAGUCAAAAGACAACACUGAUUACUACCAGGACAUCCUGCUAAAGUGUGAUCGCCGCAAUCUGGCCAAGCUCAACGACACAUUGUGCGCAGACAUCCUCACAGGUUCGAGAGUGGGAUCCGCAACAUCUGUCCUCACCUUUUGCCGGGAAAUGAGCUCCCUUAGCGCUAAUCAGGUUGAGCAGGUGUGGAGCAACAUGUGUUAUGUCAUCCAAGCAUUGAUGUCUCCGCUCUUUAGCAGGUCAUCUGAGUGCACACAUUCUCCACCUGCUGUCACCCCUCCCCCUGAGGCCGUUCGCCUCCCUCACUCUGAACUCCCUAGAGUAGCCAGAGAAGCUUCCAACCUCAGACAGCUGGCCUGCAACUACAACACCUGGUUAGAAGAUGAGGGGGUAGACGCCGUCCUCGUGUCGCUGUGCAGUGAUAAUGCACGCGAGGAGUUUGCAAAGCAGGUGUGUAACAAUGCCCUGUUGAUGAGGAAGCUACUGUCAGAGGAGAUGAACAGCUGGCUGUAUGGCUACUGUGCCAACUCCUCUGCAGACUCUGCGUACUUAGUGAGUCAGUUCUGCGUCUAUGAGCAGUGGAUGGAUCAGCCUUCAGUGAACCCCCUCUUACUGGAGUUCUGCACAAGCCUAGAUGGUCCCAGACUGACAUCGCUCAUCUGUGAGGACACUAGAUUCUUCAUGCUUUUAUUCUUCAACCCUGAAAAUGGACGCUUUAUGCCAAAUUGCACAGCAUUACCACCGGUCCCUGUCCCUGACUCAAUCAUGUUAGAGUCCUGUCAGUACUCAGAGUGGCACAAUGUAACGCAAAUUACCAUUGAUGUUUUGUCGGAGUGCAUCAGACUCGAUCACAUUGGUUUUACCCAAGAGGUGUGUUCUAACAAAACCUUUCUAAACAGCUUGCUGCUCAAUAAGGAGAACGCCUGGCUUGAAAAUCACUGUGAUGCCUCUCUCACUGUAAUACCCCCAGUGGUAACCGAGCACUUCAGCAUAGCAGGCUGGUGUGACUACCAUACGUGGGGAGAACGGCAAGUGGACGACUCAGUGGUCGGCCUCUGUUCGCAGCAUGAUCAGGUCGCUUUCCAGAAGAACGUCUGCUGCAAAACGUCUGUGCUUGAAAAGCUGCUAGAAAACCCUCAGAACAAAUGGCUGACAUCAGUUUGCGAGGAAAAGGAAAUGGAGGAAAUAGCUGUGUUACCACAGGUGUGCAAGUAUACAGAAUGGACUCGUCCGAUGAUUGUAGACAUGACCGAGCUCGCUCUCUGUGCUGAGACAGACCCGCUUAACUUCACCACCAAAGUCUGCUCCAAUGAGUCAGUCAUCCAGAACCUGCUGGCCAAUCAGGACAACACCUGGUUAUUACAGCACUGUGCCAACCAUUCAAACUCACGGGUCACUCCUGGUGAAGGAGGGGGGCAGGGAGAAGGCCCGACUGGCUUCAACCCCACAGAGCAGUGCCAGUACUCCAGCUGGAGUAUUUCUCUUCCUGAUGCAGCUCUCCUCACUUUCUGCUGGGAGCACGACCAGACAACUUUCAUCUCCUCUAUCUGCCCUGAUGCUAGGCUUCGCUUUCUGCUCUCCCAGGAGCCGUCUAGUGUGUGGGUGGACAGCAUGUGUACCACCUACACCAACUACAGUACCACUUACAACAACGACAACAACAGCAGCACCACAGUGGAGCCUAACUUCUGCCUGGCCAGGAACCUGCUGAGCCGCUUCAACUGGAGCUGCUCAGCCGACCUAACCUCCGCCUGCCAACCUGGGGCUAGUCAAAAUACGGCUCUACAGAUAGCGAUGCAUUGCUGGGUGGAGAAUAUGAGGUUCAGGGUGAAGGAUCUGCUGACUCCACCAGUGGCUUCUGUGUUGGAACAGGCAGUCAGCGCCACUGUCGUGAUCCUGUUGGCACUGGAGGAAGUCCAGAACACCUCGCUGCAUGUCAGUGAGAACAUAAGACAGAGUGUGUUGUCGUCUGUAGUCCGCUAUCUUGAGAGGGAAAACAACUUUGACAAAAAGAGGGUGCUGCUGCAGUGCUUUGGGAGGGUCUUGACCAGCUUAAUGCAGACAGCCAGAGACCUUACCGGCGAUGAAUCCUCCGUCAUUAAGGAGUACUUCAGUAUACCGCUGAGCCGGCUGAGGUCAGUGCUGAGUCCAGCUCACAUCACCACCGUCAGACUGAUCCUCCAGUACUACAACAGAAACAAGGAUACGCUGCAGCUGCCUGACUUGUAUUUGUCCACCAUGGUGUCAGUGAUGUUCCAGACACACCUGGUGAAAGAUGGCAGUCUGUUCCCUGAACUGGCUCCCCUGCUGGCUGCAGCCACACCUGCUGACAUCCAAGCUCUGCCCUCACUGAAUAACAACAAUAAUGUGAGGGAGACCAUCAACAGAAACUUAAAAUACAUGACUCUGGAGCAGAGGCGAGCUUUUGGCUUGUGGUUCAGCAAAGUUAUGCCCCCCUCUGACAUCACCAGAGGUCAAGAGUCACUCAUCAGGGACACCGGAAACCUGAUCGCCUAUCUGCCUUUCCACAACUUCCAGCACCUUUUGCCUGCUCAGCUGUUAGAUGGGCUGGAAGUUUUGCAAAGAAACACCCUCACUUCUCUAAAGCAGGAAUUCAUCUCUCACAGCAUCAUCAGCACCUACAGAAACCUCACUGCUCAGGAUCUUACAAGGUUAGGUAAUCUCUCCUGCCUGGCAGACCCAGAGGACCUUCUUGUGUACAAAGAUACUGAGCUCUUCAGUGUCAUUAGAGAAAUUGUUAUGAACUGCACACAUGAGGGACUGAGUCUGCCCAGCCUCUUGGUUUCCAGUUUGUUGCUGAACAGCACAGAGUUAAAGGUCCCCUCCUUGCUCAGUUCUGAUCGACUGGCAGAGAUCGCCCCCCUCCUGCCGUUGCUGGGUGUGCCUUUUCUGCAGGGUCUCACACCGUCACAGCUGCACCCAAUCCUCCCGGUCCUUAGCUCCGUUUUAUUCAGCCCUGCACAGGGUUCCAUUAUUAUAGACAAGACGUCCACAAGUAACACACUGACCACCACGGAUCAGCUGCAGCAUCUUGGCUCCCUCAUUGUGGGACUGAAGACAGAGGCCUUGUUGAGCGUCACCUCUGACAGGCUGCUGUCAUCCCUGCCUGCAAUGGCCCAGUACACUCCAGGCCUCAGCCCUCUGCAAGCUAAUGCUAUUGCCACCAAGCUCUGGGGCUUCCCAGAGGUAGUCGGUUGGUUGGAUGAUGUGGAGCCUUUGCUCCAUUGCACUCCUCUGCUGAGCGUCAUGCCAAGAACCCGUUUUAUUGUGAACAAUAUCACCACUGCUUCCACAACAUCCUGGAACACACAGCAGGCGAUUGCAAUUUUCAAAAAGGUGCUUGAGACUAAACCAAAUCUAAUCAGCCUAGAUUUUCUGAGUCUGGGCACAGUGGGUCAAGGUGUGAGCUGUACGGUCUUACAGGAGUGUUUUCGAGCUGAUUCCUCGUCUCCUGCAGUGAGAAAAAUCCUACUCCUUCUCAAACAGCAGCCCGGUCCUCUUCACACCUCAGUGAAAAGGUGUGUGAUCGAGGAGCUGUAUCAGUUUGAGUUCUUCUCUGAACUGUUGGAAGAUCUGGGAGCUGAGAUUGCCCUGUCCAUGCCUGUGAGCACCAUUAAGAAGUUCCCCACGGAUAUGAUGGACACUCUCAGGAGGAUGAUCAUUCAGGAGCCUCAGCACUUCCUCAUGCUAGCUAGAACCAAACAGGAGCUGCUGGUGGACAAAGUGGUUCAGAGGAUGGGCAUGUACACAGGCGUGUUCACUGAGGAGGAGUUUAGUUCACUGGGCAUCAUGGCACCAUUUGUGGUGGAUGAAGUUCUCAUUCAGCUCGACCGCAGCUUCUUCACUGAAAAUCUGGAUUAUCUCCAGGGGCUCUGCUACAGCAGCGGCAAGAUGAACAUUGUGGCUCGUAUCCUGCAAGAUCCUGCCGCCUUUGGUCCAGCCAAACACUGGAACAAGACCACAGUGAGUCAGGUGGACCGCUUCCUCUUCUUCCUGCCUAAGGACAAACUGCAGGAGAUUCCUCUUGAUCUGAUGACAGUGGGCUGUAUAGAGAAGCUGUUCAUGAGCCAGCGGCAGUGGGAACGCGGGGAUGUUGGGAGCCACUGUUUAAACGAGAACGAUAAGAAGAGAGUUUUUGAUAAGCAACAGUUUGUCCUCCAGUUUUUCCUCGGCUUCCUCAAAAUAAAUCCUUUGUCACCGGCUCCCAUGGUUCCUACCUGUGAAAUCCUGCACACUACAGCUCCCUCUGCCUGGACCUCCAGCAGUCUGAUCAGCAUGACUACAUCAGCCUUCUCCAACUGUCUGGAGCUUAUGGGUCAGGACCCAUUCCUUGCAUCCUACCAGCGCAGCCAGGUGCUGAAGAAAGUCAAACAGAUAUACGGCCCUGUCUCGUCCUUCUCUCAGUCUGUGAUCACACAGCUGGGCUGGAUAGCGACAGAGCUCUCCAUGGAGGAGCUGAGCAGCCUCAGACUGACUGAGCGUAGGAGUAUCGCUGCUAUGGGUGCUAUCAGUGCAUGGACCAACAGACAGCUUGUUGCACUGUUUAGCGCCAUUUUAAACUCCACCAAGCAAAGUCCAAGCCAGCUGGACUAUAGCACACUAGGGGCCAUGGGAUACAUUGUGUGCGGAGCUAAAACCACUGACAUAAAUGUGUUCAAUGCUGUAGAGUUCAGUAAGGCGGUGCUCCAGCUGGGUCAGCUAAACUUAUCCUGCUCUGAGGAGCAGCUACUGGCUUUCGUCGAGCUGCUAACUCACAGCCUCGCUUUUGGACCCACAAGUUCAUGGGGAACUGAUGUGUUCAUUGAGAUAGGAGUUCUGGCCGCUGGUAUCCCAGACAUGUCUAUGUCAGCGUUGGUGAAAAUGCAAAUUGAAGGAAUCAUACCUAUGGCUAUCUCCAUGAUACCAGCUGACAAGUUUGCUGUGGUGUUUAACCAGAAACACAUCAGCAUGUUCUUUUAUGAGCAGGCUGCUGCUGUGACCGAGGCGCAGCUCUCUAAGCUGUCAGAUGUUCAGAAGACAGCUCUAUCUCUGGUGCUGACACCCUGGGAGGCACGGCCUGUAGACUUCAGAGGGAAGUCACUGGGGUUGGCACUGAGCCCCAGCCGCCUGUGUCUCACACUGGGACUGCUGAUGCUGCUGAUCAUCCUGCCCUGACCUGAUCUGCCCUGCAACAUGACCCCACUCACCCCCGCUGGAUCAGGAGACACAUCCUCAUCCUCAUAACAAGGAUCACAUUUAUCUGUGCAAUAUCAAGCAGCACUUCAACAUGUCUUUAUACUGAAUUGAAUGAGAUUUUUAAUUUA